AUGUCCAGUCUCAUAGACGACUUGGUGAAUAUCUGUUGGAGUCGAAUCUCACGCAGCUCUCUGUCUGAUUCAAUAUUUGUCUCUCAGGUAUUAGGACUUCUUUCCGAGAUAGAAUCUACGCUUGGGGUCAAUUCUCUUUUGAAAAAUGAAGAGCUCAAAUUAUUGAAGCAGAUGAUUCAGGCGACGCCUCUGAUGCGCUUACACAAGAAAGAGUUCCAAGAGUUUAUCAUGCGGUUGGUGAAAUAUCCCAACUUUGAAGUCUUUCUCUACGAGCGAUGUAGAAUCUCGAUGGACGAUUUGCGUAGAAUCAUGAAUGUUCCGUUUAAAGGCCCAAAUCCACCAACUCUUUCUCCGCUUGCUCCACGAGAAAUCAAAAAUACAGCUAAUGAGGCAAGAAUAUCACAUUCUCGUUACUUUGAUCACAAAGAAAAUGUAUCUCCCAACCACACCAACAAACAAUUGAAAUCUCCUCCUGAAUCACCCAGCCUUGACUACAGAUACACUAAAUUGCAAUCAGAACUUAAUUUCAAAGAUGAACAGCUCAGAACGAAAGAAAGCGAGUACACAAGGGCGAACCUAGAGUAUAGAAAGCUAGUGGAUACCAACUCAACACAACUUAAAAGGAUACGAGAUCUCGAAAGUGAAGUCAGUUCCAUCAACAAAUAUGUCCAGUCUUUGGAAGAACAGCUUUCAAGACAGCUGGGAGAUAGAAACUCGAAUUCUUUGGCUCUGAAAAUUAAAGAUAGGGACAGAACUAUACGUAGUCUUGAGCAAUUAAGCAACGAAUACAGAAACGAACUCAAGAACUUAGAAGAAGAUAAAUUGAAAUCCGAGAAUUCACUUGCGGAAUUGGUCACUAGUCUACGGGAGCAGGAUAACUUGAUCAAAAAUCUACAAUUGAAGCUUUCGCUAACCGGAGAAUCAUUGAAAAUACAGUCUCAGAAAGCAGACCCGGUUCGAGUUAACUCACAACUUCAAGACUUUCUACUAAACUUACCAUUCCUCAAACAGUAUUACUACUUCUACAAGUAUAAAAACAACACACGCAGAUUGUUUAUUGUGAACAUGUUUGCGAUGAUACUAGCGACCAUCAUAGUGUUGCAUGUUGCGGAAUGUGUACUAUAUUUCUCCAUCUGGUUUUUCACUUCGAAACCAAACUCUUCCAUGUACUUAUAUAACAACUUUGACAACGAGUGGUACAGCACCGAAUCCACCUUUGUUUGGUGGAAAGAAAUAGAAACCUUAGAAUACUUCGUGUCCACGAUCAGUGAAUGGUUCACUACAUAG